CAGACCCCGGUUUUCCCCCAACGUGCACUCCCUGAGAGCGAGACCUGAAGCAAAUUGAAAGUGCAAAACCUACCUGAAGCAAAUUGAAAGUGCAAAACCCUAGCCGCUCAUUUCCGCCGCCGUCCCAAGCUCCUCAGCACCGCCGCCGUCCCAAGCUCCUCAGCGCCGCCGCCGUCCCCAGGUCCUCAGCGCCGUCGCUUCUUCCUCUUCCCCGUUUUGCAGAACCCAGAUAGCUCAGCACGUCUGUCUUCAUCUUCGUUGGCUUCUCUGUUCGUGGCUUGGAGUAGCUCGCCGUCGGGUCGCCACUUGCCGUCGGGUCGCCACUUGCCAUCGUCUCGCCUAUCGCCUCCUCUCGCCGGUUGCCGUCCGUCGAAGUUCGAUUUUGCAACUCUUCUCAGUUCUCUCUUUUCCGUGUUCUGCUUCUGCUUUCGCUUUCGAUUUCACCAUUGCUGCGUCCGCCACUUUGCCUCUGCUUCUGCUGUUCUCGCUUUAAGGUAGCUAAACGGUUUCAGGCAAUACUGAUAAUCAUAGAGUGGAGAAUUGUGUUUUGUGAAGUAUCAUCAGUUUUUAUGUUAAGAGGAUAUGUUGUAUGCAACGAGGUAUGCACCUUAAACUCCAUCGCUUUCUUCUGCCAUCAUUGAACUUACUUGCUUUUAUGCCAUAUGCCCACCGUACAAGGCUAUGUCUUCUUCAUUCACAACCGCUUCCAUCACGAGACGCUUACAAAUUUGAUAAUGUUGAAGAUGCUGUAGCUUUAUUUAAUUGCAAGGUUGAUAUGCAUCCGCAGCCAUCGAUUGUGGAAUUGACCAAAAUCUUGGGAACGAUUGUAAAGAUGAAGUAUUAUGCCACGGCUAUUCAUCUUUAUACCCAUAUGGAGUCAAAGGGCAUCCUACCAUUUAGUGUUACUUUGAACAUCAUGAUCAAUUGUUAUGGCCAUGCAGGUCAGAUGGGUUUUGCACUCUCGGUAAUGAGCAAGUUUGUUAAGUGGGGUUUUAAGCCAAGUGCUGUAACUUUUACUACACUAAUGAAGGGGUUGUGUCUUAAUGGUAAGAUUUUGGAUGCACUCUACAUUUAUGGUAAAAUAGUUGCAAAAGGAUUUUGGUUUGAUGAAGUUAUGUACGGAACCUUAAUCAAUGGACUGUGCAAGUCUGGAGAAACAAGAGUUGCUCUUCAAAGGCUUUGGAAAAUGGAGGGUCAGUUUGUUAAGCCGAAUCUUGUAAUGUACAAUAUUGUUGUUGAUGGUUUGUGCAAAGAUGGACUUUUGAAUGAUGCACUGGAUUUAUAUUUUAAUAUGCUUGGUCGAGGAAUUUCCCCUGAUAUUGUUACUUACACUUCAUUAAUAUAUGGUUUUUGUCAUGCGGGCCAAUGGAAAGAAGCUGGAUUAUUGCUGAAUGAGAUUUUUGUUAAAGACAUCAGCCUAGAUGUGUAUACCUUUAACAUAAUAAUUGAUGCAUUAUGCAAAGAAGAGAUGCUAUUACAAGCCCACGAUUUGUGCGAUGUGAUGAUUCUAAGGGGCCAACAACCAAACAUUAUUACUUACACAAUUUUGAUGAAUGGAUAUUGUUUGAACAAUAAAGUUGAUGAGGCAAGAAACUUAUUUGAUAUGGUAAUUGAAAGGGGUGUUGUGCCUGAUGUUUGGAGUUAUAACAUCUUGAUUAAAGGUUAUUGCAAGAUUAACAGAGUGGAUGAGGCCAUGAAUUUGAUGAAAGAUAUGUUUCGUAAGAACAUAGUUCCAAACAUUGUAACUUACAAUACUCUAGUUGAUGGCUUGUGCAAAGCUGGUAGAAUCUCGUCUGCAAGGGAGAUUGUUAAUGAAAUGCAUUAUUGCGGUCAACCAUUCCCUAAUGUAACCACUUAUAAUAUCAUUUUAGAUUUCGUGUGCAAAAACCAGCAUCUUGAUGAGGCAAUUAGAUUAUUUAAAAGUCUCAUCUUUGAAAGACGUUUUAUUCCAAAUGUUUGGAGUUACAAUAUCUUGAUUAGUGGUUAUUGCAAGAAUAAAAGAUUAGAUGGAGCCAUGAAUCUUUUACAAGAUAUGUUCAAGAAUUUGGAUCCAAAUAUUGAAACUUACAAUAUAUUGUUACACGCGUUAUGCGACAGACAGCAACUUGGCAAGGCAGUUAUACUAUUAAACCAAAUUAUUGAUGAUGAUAUUUGUCCUAAUUUGUACACAUACAAAAUACUUGUACAUGGUUUAUAGAACUCUGGAAGAGUAAAAUAAUGCACAGAAGAUUUUUCAAUCAUUUUUUCAUCAGAGAAAAUCAUGCAGAUAUCAAAAACAUAAUCGAUCAUCUUUGAAAAGGUGGAUCAUCAGAAUAGGGAAGCCCUUGAUUUUACAAUGGGAAGACAAUUAAAACCUCUAGUGCUGUCACUUCUAGAGAAAAGAAAAACGAUGAGGCACAAAUUUUUCUGGAAAUGAUCAUUAGAUGCAUGGCAAGCAAUAAGAUACCUAGGGAUUGGAAAAGUGGCGGCAUAUAGUUCUUUCGACCACAACAUUUUUGUUCAGGAGGCAGUGAUGGAGACUUUACCUGGCAUAACAAAGUACUCUGAUUCAUCCUUUAUGCUUUCUCUCACAUCAUUGGUGCGCAAACUGAGUACACAAGAGACAGAAACAACUUACUUCGGCAAAAGAAAUCCCAGGAAUGCUGAUUUUGUUGGCAAUGUGGAUUGUAUGUGGCAAACAUGUAUCAGAAACUGUGCAGCUCGGCAGCGGCACCAACUCUUCGAAAACCUUCUCCACCGGUUCCCACAAAAAUGCUUGUUGCGUUCAACAAAUUAACGGCAUUGCCAAGUGAAGGUAACAUAUAAAAAUUCUCACACCCUUCUAGCAAACCAGCCUCUUGAUGUGGAAAUUGAUGCUGAAUUAAUUGAAUCUGAUAACCAGAAUCAUUGUAACGAGCAAAGGUUUGGGGUUUAUGUGAUUCUUGGUGCAUUUUGUGGGGUUGUGAUUACCAUGACAACAACAUUCUGCUGAAGCAGUAUUUUUUGCAAUGUCCAUCACUCGGAUCAUGUGACCUUGUGCCUCUAAAAGGAACCCAACGAAAUGGAGUUGUGAUGUUAUGGAAUCCAUUUUUGUUUUGGUUGAUAUCGUAACUAGAUUUAGUCCAUUGAAUUUGGGUGGGUUUAAUUUGUUUACUUGUGUGACAUCUAUAACUAACAUUCCUUUCUUGGUAUGUGUGUCUGCUUUGUUGUUCACCACACUUUAUCAAUUUAUAAUUAUAAAGAUGGCUAGCAAAAUAGUAAAACUACAUCCACAAGCUUCGUUGGUGAGACACGUGUUUCUUAUGUUAUUACAAUUCUGUCCUACAUAUACAUUGUUAUUUACAACCUCUGUCCUUUUUGUAUCUUUCUUUUAACCCAUUUGAAGCUGAAAAGGUGAGGGAACUACUUAUUUCUGGAAUUCUCUCCUGCAAUGUUUUGAACUGUUGCAAGGUCCCUUUUUGUCUACUGGAUCGAAGGCAGAGGUGGCUUUAGCAAUCCCCAAAUCACUCUUUCGAGUUCAAAUGCUGCUUUGUGAUUGGUUUCGUGGUAUAAACAUGGGAUUGCCGAGUAAUUAUCUUGCAGGUCAGAGUGAUUCCGGAGCAAGAUACUAUCCCAGAAGAGGUUGCAACCACCGACUAAGAGGGAUUUACAGCGACGAGGGUCAUACUGAAAAGCCAACCGAUGUGGACGGUGGAAGAAGUCAGGAACAGAUCUGAGAUCAACGUUAGUCUCCUGCUAACAGGAAAUGAUGUCAGGCUCACCUUUCCGAAGCAGUGCGAGCUGAGUCAUUUUGAGCAUACUUUCCAAUAUUGGACAAAUUCACUUUCAUUGUGAAGGGGACUCUUUUUACAAAUCUUUCAGCUUAUUUUACGAAAUGGGAGAAUAGGAGUUGAGGGCUGACAAGGAAAAAUUCCGAGUUCAUAAUGAUGAUGAGGUAAGGGCAUUGUUCAUGCUGCUCUCCAAUCCAAGCAAUUGUGUGUUCAGAACUUCAGAUAGUGAAGGAGACAUGGGGGUUUCAAGUGGGAGACAUGCAAGGCACUAUACCCGUUACACUUGGGCUCUCAAGACAGCAUUCUUUCCUCAGGAAGUUUGAAUUUAAAUAUUUGUAAAUGAUCAAAGUAUUUGGUGGUCUGCCGUGAGUUUAAAAUCUUGCUAUGGAUUAAUUUCACUUUUUUUUUUUAAUUCUUUCCUUAUUUUGAUUAAUAAUUUCUUUUCAAUGUUUUAGCUUUAUAUGUCAAAUCAGAAAUUUAUUUAAUUUAUUUAUUUGUUUUUUUUUACCUUAAGAUAUUUUUCUAAUUUUCACUUAGUUCUUUUGUAUGUGGAGUCUCCCUCCUUUUGCAGUAUGAUGAUAAUUCUCCCCCUUUUAGUUAUUUGAGUAACAUUAUGAUGAAUUUAUGAUAAUUUAGUCCUUGAAAUUUCUGUGUGGAUUUCAUAUUGGGGUAUGUUGGUUAAAGUGGAUUACCUGCUAGAAGAGAAUGCAAGAUACAAGAGGCUGCAACAACAGACAUGCAUCUAUAUUUAUAUAUCUAUGUAAACAUACAUGCAUAUAUUAUAUUGUUACUCAUUUAGAUCAAGUUUUUGUUCUUCGCACUUUAAUUACAAGUGAUUUUGUUUGUUUAUGUUUGCUUUAAUAGUCAUCUUACUAUCUCUUUUGCGAAUCACUUUUUAACACUGUUGAUUCGUUGCUUUUCUGUUUCUGUGAUUCUUUUAUUAGUCUUUCUGCCCCUCUCUUUUUUUUUUUGUAUGUUCUCAUUAUUUUCCUUAUCUUCCCUUUUAGUGAUUUGAUAAACCCCAAUUAAAUUUUGCUAAGAAUAUGUUUUAAACUUAAGUUCAAUUUCUAAUUGGUUUCGUUGAGACUAUUACUACUUCUCAUACUUGAAUUUUACGUUUUGUAUUGCUUUGUGAUACAUUCCAUUAUCACAAAUGCAUAAUCACCAGGACAAAUUCACUUUCAUUGUUGAAGGGGACUCUUUACAAAUCUUUCAGCUUAUUUUACGAAAUGGGAAAAUAGGAGUUGAGGGCUGACAAGGAAAAAUUCCGAGUAAGUUAAAUUGGACCCAUAAUUUUUAAAUAUUCUUUUAUUCUUUUUUAAUAUGAAUAUUUUUAUUUUAGUUCUUAUAAAAUUUUUGUUUAGUUUUGAUCCACUUAUUAUUAUUAUUAUUAUUAUUAUUAUUAUUAUUAAAUCCUUUUUCGAGUUAAACUCUAACUAGAUCUUUGAAAUUCACUAUUUACACUAAAAGGGUCCUCAUUCUAGUUGCACCAUAAACAUUUCCAAGAUUAUAAAAAUUUCAUCAUGUUGGUCUCCAUCUUUUUUCGGUUGUAUUACUUGUGACGCAGAAAGUAAUCAAACACAUAGUGCUCGACUAGACCAAAUAAUAUUGCUUUAGUUUCGAUCCUAAAUGUUUGAUAAAAUGAUAUUAUUUAACUUUAAUGAACUACAAAAUGCCUUAUUCCUCACCAAAAAAAUUAUAUGACCAUCAAGGUUAAAUAACAUCAUCUCAUCAAAUAUUUAGUGCUAAAACUAAAACGACGUCAUUUCGAAUAACUCGACAUAACGAGUAGCUUGACAAAAAGAAAGUGAGGAUUAAUGUAUUGUAAUUUUUUAAUCUCGAAGAUAUUUACAAUGCAAUUAAAAUUUCAAAAAUCUUUUCGAUGCAAGUGGCUAUUGACCACUUUAAAAUUUAACUCCCUUUGUCACAAAUUUAAUGUGAACCGUGAUAUUUAUAAAGGAGAAUUGACUCAAAACAAAAAUGUUUUUAAUAAAAAAUAUAAAUUAAUUUCGUUAGACUAAACAUAUAUUUAGUAUUUUAUACAAAUGAAAAUUUAACCUAACAAGAGCUAAACUUGAAAUAGUGCCAAACAAAUGAAAAAGACUUGUGCCAAAAGUAAUUUUUGAAGGAGCAAAUUAUAAAUCUCUCCCUCAACUCAGUCAACUGUAAUGUUAAUUCCAUUUUCAACUAUUUAUUUGUUGUUGUGGUCUUGUGGAUGACGCACCCUUGACUCCUCGUGGAAUUUGUUCGUUUGAAUGCCUUCGCUGUUAAAAAGUCACAUGUAGCGUGCUAUUUUUUUUAAGAGUAUAUAUUGAGAUAAGCCUCAAUGUAGUCUCUAAAGUUGCACUCGAGUCUCAUAGUAGUCCCUGAACUUAAAAGUUCCCCAUAUUCAUCCCUGAAGUUGCACUCUGGGACUCAGACUUGUCAUUCCGGCACAUUCUGUCCACCUGGCGUUACCGGAAAGCUGAGUUGGCAUCCUUCGUGACACGUGGGCAUUACAACGGUUAGCUGAUGUGGCAGAGUAAACUGUCCCGAAUCAAUUUGGUCCCUCAAUUCAAGUUAAAACCCUAAUUCCUAAUUUUGAAGCCCACGGUGCUCACUCUCUUCUUUUCUCUUCUGUUCUCUAUUCUUGUCUUCUCCAUCUUUAAAGUCCGACGGUUAUGGCAAGCACGAGUAAUGCAAUUCGGAGUAUUCAGUUUCAAUUUUUUGACUUCAGUCAUAUUCUUUUGACAAGUAGAACAUGUUGUCACCAGAUAUUUUUUGAGCAAUUAGUAUUUAAUGUGUUUGUUCAUUUGUGUUAUGGUGGUUGAGACAUCCACUAGUUCUUGAAAGAAAACACAAUAAUCAUGCUAUAGUUGUUUCUGGCAUUGUUUAUACUUGGUAGAAUCUUGGGGAAGCAAAAUCAAUGCUCUAAAGGAACAUUCUAUAUGAACAAAAAAAUGAAUAUCAAGAUAUUUACAAAUGUACAAAAGUGAAAAGAAGGAGCAUUAUUCACAGUCACAACAAUGUGGAACAAGAAUGUACUAUUUACAAUGUUGGCAGAAUCCUAAACAAGAAUCUGAGACUUGGCGGCAUCGCGAGAGCAUUUAGUCCUGCCACUCUUGCUCAGUGCACAAGAACAUGUCUCAAGAAUCUCAAGGUCCUCUUCCCAGCACAACAUGGCUGCUGUCACAGAAUUCUUUAAGAACAUCUUAGAUGUAAGGAAGCCGGAUAAUAUCCAUGUCUGAUAAAGCCGGGCCUGUUUCCCGAUGAACUUGCCAGUGCGAGUGUCAUAGUAUUCCGGCCAUGAAUCAACUGGAAGCCUUUUCUCAGCCAAAGCAACUGCAUCCUCAGCAAGUUCAGUUCUCCCCAUUUUGAUCCAUGCAAGUGUAAACUGAAUGACAAAAAUGAAUCACAUAUUAAACCAAAGGGGAAAGGGUAAAUAAUUAUGAAACGACACCAUUGAAUUUUCAUGGUCAUAAUAUUCCCAUAAAGAAAAAUUUACCUGCCAAAGUGUUUUCUUCAAAAAGCAAGUAGAAAUCCCUUUGUAAUGGAACCCACCCCAUAAUUUUAAUCUUUUCUAAUGGUUGAUUGUCUGAGAAGCAAUGAUGGAUUACAUUGAGAGUGGUGUUGACAUUGUGCAAAUCCAAACUAUCCCUAACUAAACUUUCACAUAUCCUUGCUUUCAUCUCUGAAAAUGGCAACUGAUGCUUUGCUUGGAAUUCUCAUUGAAAACUUGAACACUUUUGUCAAGAAUGAGAUUGCAGCACUUUCUGGUAUUGAUUCACAGAUCCAAGAGCUGUCUGAUAAUCUCGAGGCAAUCCGUGCAUUGUUCCAAGAUGCUACAGAGGAGCAAUUCAAAAGCCAUGCCAUAAAGGACUGGCUGAAAAAGCUUUCCGAUGCCAUGCACGUGCUGGAAGAUAUCUUGGAAGAUUGUUCAAUCGAAUCCAACCAACUUCAAAGUGAAGGGUGGUUAGCCCGCUUCCAACCCAAGACUAUUUUGUUUCGUCAUACUAUCAGCAAGAGGAUGAAAGACAUGGUCAAGAGGUUCCAGCGUAUUGAUGAUGAUAGGAGAAGGUUUCAGCUGCCUUUGGGAGUCAGACAGAGGCAACAAGAAGAUGAUGAUCUGAGGCUAACUGGUUCUGCCAUCCCUGAGCACCAGAUGUAUGGAAGAUUUUCAUUUGAAGCCAUCAUCACGGUAAUGCUUUUGUUUUUGUGCUCUCUAUCCUGAAGAUUUUCGAAUCUCAAUGGAAUAGCUAAUUCAUCUUUGGAUGGCCAAUGGACUAAUUAAAUCCAAAGGGCAUUUGGAGGUUGAAGAUGUUGGUAACCAGCAAUGAGAGGAGCUGCUCCAGAGAUCAUUUUUUCAAGAAGUAUCGAUUGACAAGUAUGGAAACACCACCUUCAAGAUCCAUGACUUAUUCCUUGAUCUUGCCCGCUCCAUAGUGGGAGAAGAGUAUAAAGCUUAUGGUGAGUCUGCAAGCUUGGCCAAUUUGACAAGAAGGGUCCACCAUGUAAGUUACUCUGGCUUGCCCGAGUUAAAUCAGAAUACCUUGAAGAAUAUUGAGUCCUUGAGGACUUUUAUUGAUCUUGAUCCAGCAAUUAGCAAUCCCCUCAUUAGAUAUCCAGCAUUGGUUUUGCGUAAAGUGCAGUUAUGUAAUUCUUUCCGAGCAUUGCGUACGAGAUCUUUUGAACUCUCACUACUGAAAAGUUUAACACAU